AUGACCAAGGCCCGGCUCCACAGCAAUUGGACACUGGGGGAAACAGAUUGUACUGAUGACUCUACAGUCUCUGGAGUAAUUCUUCCUGAGCGUGGAGUUAACGUACAAGCACAAGUUGAAGCAACAGUAAAUGAAGUUGUGUCAGAACCUAGGGAGGGUGAACCAGAAAAUACACAACGAAGAGUGGAACGACCAGUGAUUCCUUGGCCAACCACGGACAGGACGCCAGCGUCAGAGUUUACCACUCCAUACUUUUUUACGAUGGCAUUUCCUUGUUUGUUUUCCUAUGGAAAGAGUGAUUUCCACAUAAACCGGUCAGUGACAUGUCCUUCACUGCAUGACUGGGCAGAGCACCUCCUGUGGUACCAAGAUGGGAGGUUUGCUAGGCAUAAGGUGUGGAAGUUUGUUGUCCACAAUAUGAUCAUGAGGAAGCGUGCCCUGGAGCAGAGCCGGUUCUUUGUUGAUCAGCAACUUGGUGACCCACACAUAACUGUUGCAGACCUGCAAGAGCGACUUGCGAGAGGUGACACUUUUAUGGACAAGUUGUUGUAUUUUGGCGCAAAUCUGCGUGGUACAGCUCAGUACUGGCACCAGAGAUGCAGAGAGCUUCGUGCCCUUGUGGAGUUCAUGGUCAAUGAGAAGCAUGGGUUGCCUUCAUUUUUCAUGACUGGAAGCUGUGCCGAGUUUUACUUUCCUCCUCUUAGAAGGCUACUGGAAGAAUACAUCUUGCAGACCAAAGGUGAAGAAGUCAACCUUGCUGAAGAUAGUAAUGCCUGCUUCAAGGCAGUACAAGAAAAUACUCAUGUAGUGGUGAGUUACUUUGACCUGCGUACCCAAGCAUACCAUGAGAGGUACUGAAGCCAGUAUUUGGUGUCUCUAAUUAUUGGUACUGCUAUGAGUUUGCCAAGUCCCGCGAUCAAAUUCCUUGGCACCAACUCAGCUGGAGGGAAGACAGGCAACCACAUCAGCUAUUGCAUGAAACUCGUGAAGAUGGUUGCGAAGAGGAAGAGUAUGCAGCUAGACUUAGUCAGUGGGCGGAUGAAACCUUUGCCAUGACAGCAUUACAUCCAGCAGGCAAUGAUGAAGAAGGGCAGCCAAGAAAAGACCUCUGGCCACCACCUGAGGGAACAGCUGAGCCCAUAUCAGAUGAUAGGGAUCCCUUAGUUGAGAUGCUAAUGAAAAUAGCUGCAACACAAGAUGCAAUACUGGAGGAUCAUUUGCUUUUAGUAAACAGGGUUGGACUCCACAGUUGCUCUGAUUACUGCGUGAGAACUCCUCCCCAUCCAGAGCAAGGACUGCAGCCGAGAGAACGUUUAUGUCGGAUGGAGUUUGGAAGCGAGUUCCACCCAGGGAAAAAAAUUCACUGUAAUCCAGAAAUUGUGGAGGGUCAUAAUGGAGCUCCCCACCUAGAGAUGCCGCGUGACCAUCCACGUGUGGUUCAGCAUUCUCGUUAUCAGUUACAAUCGUGGAGGGCAAAUGGGGAUGUAAGCUUGAUUCUUUCCCAUUCCUCUCCGGACAAUCCUAGCCAGAUGAUAUCAUAG